CAGCGACGGCAUCGCAGCUGACCGCGCCGCCGCUCCGCACCUCGCACAGUACUGCGCCGCGCCGCGCUACGCCACCACACUCCACACUGCGCGACUACCCGCGCCGACUUCCGAGCAGCCUGCACGCCUGUGGCGACCGGACAUGAAGGGCUGGUUCGACGCCUUCAGGAGCGAUGGCGGGCCCACCCUGUACAGCCAGAGCAACCGGACAUCCGUCACGGGUGACGUCACCACGGUCACGGUCUGCCUCGUCUUCUUCACCGUCUUCCUCGCUUUCCUCAUCAUCUUUCCCGGCGUGCGCAAAGAGAGAUUCACCACUUUCACCAGCGUGACGCUCAGUCUGUUCGUCGGGACUGUCAUCCUAGUGGCUAAGUACGGCUCCUGCUGGCACGUGGCUUCCGCCAACAUCGUCAGCAGCUACCGCGCCUUCUCCAAGGAGAAGAUGGCGGUCACGAUAGGCGCAUACAUAGGCCUCGAGCACGUCAACGUCACCCUCACCGCGACCGGCGGGGGCAACGGGACGCAAGACAUCGACUUCAACGAGCGCUUCCGGUGGGGGGGCCCCGGCGAGAUGGGCGACAGCUACCGCGAGGCGCUGGUGCGCGGCCUGCCCUUCCCCAUCCUCACGGUGGCCGAGUACCUCAGCCUGGGCCAGGAGGGCUUCGCCUGGGGCGGCCGCUACCGCGCCGCCGGCUACUACGGGUCCAUCUUCCUCUGGGCGGCGCUGGCUUCGUGGGUGAUGAUGAACCUGCUGCUGGUGGUGGUCCCGCGGUACGGCGCCUACGCCAUGACGGUGACGGGCGUCCUGAUGGCCGCGUCGGCGCUCACCUACUGGCUGCUGCUGCCCGCCGCCCCCCUCUGCGUGCAGUUCGAGGCGGGCGCGCUGCACUUCGAGUUUGGGUGGUGCUUCUGGGUGGUCAUCAUCGCCGGUGCACUCUGUGCUUUGUCUGGGAUCGCCAUUGCCACAGUCGACAUGGUGUUCCCACAUCGCUUCUCCACUAUCCUCGAAGUGGAUUACGACACGCCGUAUGACCGUCACAUCAUUAUCGAGGAAAGUCAUGACCGUAAAAACGCCGCAGCAGCGCACCGCCUCGAAGCGCCGCCAGGGGCGGGUCUUGGAACGAGGAUUCUCAGGCGGCUGUCGAAGCGCGAGCGCCUGGAGGAGCGCCAGGGCGUGGACAACGAGGGCUUCGAGAUGGACCCGCCCAAGUCGCCGUGGCGCUACCCGUUCCCGAGGCCCGGCCCCCCGCGCGCCGACCUGCCGCCGCCCUUCCGCAGGACUAUCUCGCAGGACUCUGCCGCCAGCUCGAGCGGCGCCUCCAGCCUGGGGCUGUCCUUCCUGCAGCGCGAGUGCGCCGCCGCCGCCGCCGCCGCCGCUCGUUGCCAGUGCUAA